AUGCCUGCCUCAUCCAAGAACACCAACGUCCAGGCCGUCAGCUUCCCCAUCGGCUGCAGCGUCAUGGCCAAGCCCGUUCCCAAGGAAGCCGUCGGUUUCCCCAUUGGCUGCAACGUUAUGGCCAAGCCUGGCCCCAAGGAAGCUGUUGGCUUCCCCAUUGGCUCUCUCAACACUCGACCACAACUCGAUACGCAAUACACACGAGCACCGGACGAAUAA